GCUGCCGGUGACACCAUGGCCAGCUACAGCGUGAAGGAGCGCACCACCCCCAACAGCCGAUACCGGCUCUUCUUCAAAAAUGAUAAAGGACACUACAUAUCACCAUUCCAUGAUAUUCCAAUAUAUCCAGUUGCUGGCAACAAUGUGUUCAACAUGGUUGUGGAAGUACCUCGAUGGACAAAUGCAAAGAUGGAAAUUGCAACAAAGGAUCAUCUAAACCCAAUUAAACAAGAUGUGAAGAAAAGACAGCUGCGUUAUGUUGCUAAUGUAUUUCCCCUCAAGGGCUGUAUCUGGAAUUAUGGUGCUAUCCUACAGACAUGGGAGCAUCCAGGACAUAAAGAUGAAAAUACUGGUAAUGGAGAUAAUGAUCCAAUUGAUGUGUGUGAAAUUGGAAGCAACUGGAAGCAAUUGGAAGCAAGAGGAGCAGUAAUUAAAGUGAAAGUUCUGGGCACAACAGCACUGAUUGAUGAGGGGGAGACAGACUGGAAAGUAAUAGCAAUCAAUAUUGAAGACACUGAAGCAGCCAACUAUAACAAUAUUGAUGAUGUCAGAAAGAUGAAACCUGGAUACCUAGAAGCUACAAUGGACUGGUUUAGAAGGUACAAGGUACCUGACGGGAAGCCAGAAAACCAGUUUGCAUUUAAUGGAGAAUUUAAAGACAAGGAUUUUGCAAUUAACAUCAUCAAAAGCACUCAUGAAUACUGGACAGCUCUAGUAUCUAAAAAAACAGAUGGAGGAGAAAUCAAUUGCGCAAAUACAACUGUGUCAGACAGUGCCUUUUGUAUUAGUCAAGAAUCUGCUAAAGCUACUGUGGAAGCAGUACCACCCUGUGGAACUCCCAAUACAAUACCACCUGAAGUGGACAAGUGCUUCUAUUACCAGAAAAACUAAGACCUAAAGGUGGAUGUUGAAACGUCUACAUUUCUCCGACCAAAAAAGCCCUAAGUGGGGGGAAAAAAUGAGAAAUACUAGCUUACAGUUCCAGAGGAAAAAAUAGUCUUGUCUUAUAGAUAACUUAUAACAGAAUUGCAUAUCUAUCAAUAAUGUGGCAUGUUCAAGAUGUACCAAAGACAUGUAGAGAA